CUGGGCAAAACACUUGGCAGUCAGUGUGGCAGUAAUCACGGACAGUCGCGUACACGAGUGAAAACAUGCUCUGUUUAAUAGUGCCACUUAUUGCUUUGGCGUACAUCUUUUGGGAUGUCAAUUACUUCCUACGCAUCGCUUUCACCAUCGGAAUCGGGAGAUUGUUCCAGAAGAAAUGCGGGGUCAACGACACUACAACUAUUUACGGUUUCUGCACAACACAGGACGUUGACAUAUUCUUGAAGCACAUGAACAAUGCCCGGUAUGUGAGGGAGCUGGACUUCGCCCGCUUCCACUUCUAUGACAGAACGGGCAUCUACAAGAACAUCAUCGAAGCCAGGGGCCACGCGCUACAAGGGGCAUCCAGCAUCAGAUAUCGACGGACUAUACCGAUAUUCACCGCGUACAAAAUUGAAACCAAGCUAAUAUAUUGGGAGGAUAAGACCCUUUUCAUUGAACAGAAGUUCAUCACACUUAACGACGGUUUCGUGCGCGCUGUGAUCAUUUCCCGACAGAACCUGAUUGACGUUGACGUUGCUACGCUCUUCAAGAACCUUCCUGGAGCAGACACCAAGCUGGAAUGCCCAGAAGAGGUGAAACAUUGGCUCCAAUCCAUAGAGGUGUCCAGCGCGAAGCUAAGAAAGAAAGAUUAGAUAGCAAUUCUAGAAUUAAGGAAAUAUACUUUUUUAAUGUU